CCGUUGACCGUCUUCACCUGAUCAGAUGAUAGUUGACUCUGCUUGUGGAAAGACGAAAUACUCACGAAGCUUGUGUGUGAAUAACAGCGCUUCAUCUUUGGGGACAAUUUUAUUGUGCUUGGAAGGAAACGAAUUUGUUGGAUUUUUGAGUGAUCGUGGCUGCAGUAGUAAUGUCUCAUUUUGGGUUUGAGAAUGACAUCCACAACGUCCUCCGUCUGGACAUGCCUAUCACAAAUGCCCCGAUGGCGAGGUGGCAGAGAAAAGCCAGCACAUCCAGCUCCACCAACACGAACUCCCUCUCGCCGAACAAGAGUGUCAACAGAUCAGUGAGCCUUUCCAAAACCCCCAGUAAAACACCAGGAAAGAACGGCAAAACCCAAAACACCCCCUCAAAGGCAGGAGGAGAUCGAUUCAUCCCAACAAGGAAUAACAAACAGUUGGAUGUAGCAAGUUUUCUUAUUUCCAAAGAGAACGAGCCAGUGGAAGAAACCGCAUCCUCUACAGCACCAAAUCAGAAAGCUUGGUCUGUGACACUAAAUGGAUAUGACAUUGAUGAAGCAAAGAUCCUACAUUUAGGAGGAAAACCACUGAAUGCCCCUGAAGGUUAUCAGAAUAAUUUAAAGGUUCUCUACAGUCAGGUGCCCACACCGGUCUCUAUCAAGAAGAGCCGGUACAUUUCCUCGGUUCCAGAGCGGAUUCUAGAUGCCCCUGAUAUCAAAAAUGAUUUCUAUCUGAACCUGAUGGAUUGGGGAAGGCAGAACCUGUUGGCAGUUGGCCUUGCCGACCAUGUGUAUUUGUGGGAUGCUGCUGCAGGGGACAUAGUUUUAUUAAAGAAAAUGGAGGAUGAUAAUGAGUUCAUCUGCUCUGUCUCUUGGAGCAAAGAUGGCAAUUUCUUGGCCAUUGGGACCAGUGAUUGUAAAGUUGAGCUCUGGGAUGUUCAGUACCAAAAACGUCUCCGCAGCAUGGAUGGCCAUUCGGCAAGGGUUGGUUGCUUGAGUUGGAAUGAUCACGUUUUGUCUAGUGGCUCCAGGUCUGGUUUGAUUCAUCAGCAUGAUGUCCGGGUAGCAGACCACCACAUCUUCACCUUUGGUGGACACACUCAGGAAGUCUGUGGCCUUACCUGGUCCCCAGAUGGGAAAUAUUUAGCUAGUGGUGGUAAUGACAACAUGGUGUACAUUUGGCCAAUGACAACUGGCUCAGAGUAUCAAGCCAUCCAUGCUCUUAGUGAACACCAGGGAGCAGUCAAGGCUUUGGCAUGGUGCCCUUGGCAGCCUAGCAUCCUUGCGUCAGGAGGGGGCACCAGUGACCGUCACAUUCGCAUCUGGAAUGCCAACAGCGGCUCUUGUAUCAGUGCCCUAGAUACUUGUUCACAGGUAUCAUCUCUUGUUUUUGCACCGAACUACAAAGAGUUGGUGUCUGGUCACGGUUUUGCUCAUGACAAGGUUAUCAUUUGGAAAUACCCCUCACUCACUAAAGUUGCAGAGCUUGAAGGACACGAAGACAGAGUCCUCAACUUGGUUUCAUUGGUGAGCAAGUGA